ACUCGAUUUAUUGGUCUGUGCUGUCAAGUGUCUACGUCUACGAGAGAAAAUCAGUGUUUAAAAUUUAGAUUGUGGUUUUUAUUUUUAUUAAUAAUAAUAAUAGCAGUUUGAAAUAGUAACUUUGUAUUAAUUGAACAGCUAUGUCUUCGUAUCAACUUUAUAGAAAUACUACAAUCGGUAACACGUUACAGGAAAGCCUCGAUGAAUUGAUAGAAUAUGGACAAAUAACUCCAAAUAUAGCAGUGAAAGUCAUGUUACAGUUCGAUAAAUCAAUAAACCAAGCCUUAUCAAACAGGGUUAAAUCUAGGCUAACCUUCAAAGCAGGAAAAUUAAAUACUUACAGAUUUUGUGAUAAUGUGUGGACAUUUAUGCUGAAUGAUGUAGAAUUUAGGGAAGUUCAAGAAGUCGCCAAGGUGGAUAAAGUGAAAAUUGUGGCUUGUGAUGGUAAAAAUGUUGAUGACCGGCGGUAAUACCUACUGAAUAUUGUAAUGGAAAAGUUUUGUAAAAAGUACCAUUUUGCUAAAGUAUUAAAUAUUGUAUAACAUGAUGUGUCAGUUUAGUUGUAUUGUGGUUUGUUUGUCAUAGAUAAUAUACAAAUUAAACUGAAGGUCUAAUUUU